AUGAAACCGACAUUUGAAGAAUCCUCUAGCUUACUUAACAACCAAUCAAUCAAAGACGAAGAGGUCGUCGAGAAGUCCGAUCGUGGACUGUUCGAUAUUUUUGGGACGAAAGCCGAAGAGAAGAAAGGCGAAGAGGCCGCGAUCUCAUCGGAGUUUGAACAGAAAGUUCAAGUCUCUCACCCGGAACCGGAGGAGAAACUUCACAAAUCCGAUAGCAGUUCCGGUAGCUCGAGUGACGAAGAGUGUGAUGAAAACGGAGAGAAGAAGAAGAAGAAGAAGAAGAAGCCAUUGAAGGAGAAGAUCACGAAACCUGAGGAGAAGAAGGGUUUCAUUGAAAAGAUCAAGGAGAAGCUUCCUGGUGGCCAUAAGAAGGAGGAGGAGGAGCAUGCUGAUGAAGGUGAACAUAAGGAGAAAAAAGGUAUUUUUGAGAAAAUAAAAGAGAAAAUCCCAGGGUAUCAUUCAAAGAGUGAUGAAGAAAAGGAAAAAGAAAAGCCGAAGGAGAGUGAUUAAGCAUUAUAUUUUGCAGAAGCAAAAGAGAAAAGUGUUUGUGGGUUGGCUUGCUUUGAAAUUUGUUGUUUGCUCUUAAUGUGAUUUGAGAUAUAAAGUUCAUUUAUUGUUAUUCAUGAUUAUUAUUGUAUCAUAUAGAAUCUUGCUUGUUUGUACACUUCAAAUAUUUGAUUAAGUUGGAUUAUAUGGUUAUAUUUAUCUUUGAUUUGAUUGAAGAUCACCAAAUUGUCUGAACAAAUCACAUAAAUGGUUAUAUGAGGUUAUAAAAGUCAUGACUUGUACUCAUAAACUAUACCAUGAUUGAUCGACAUUAUGCGUCACCAUUGAUAUCUCAC